AUGGCGUCGUCGUCUAGUAAGCAGCAGCAGCAGCAGGUUGUCGCAGGAUCACCUCGACAGUCUGAUGAGUGGGCCGAGAAAUGUAAAAUGUUGAUGCUCGAGAAUGCGGAGGAAGACAGGCGUAGGGCGGACAUGGUCCUCGAGCGUUACCUGACGCUAAUCGAGCAGCAGUACGAGGGUAUAAUAUCAAAUUUACCCAAGAGUGUUCUCAACAUGAAGGUAUCCGAGGUCGACCCAAAAGCAUUGAAACCAAUUGCCCGCAUAUAUAGGCCUCGUACCGAGGCACCUGAGUCUACUGAGAAUCGUGAGCCUAACAGACCAGCUGAUCUUCCUCCUCGCCUACAAGCGCAUGGCCCUGUCGUUGCCACGCCUAGGGAUGGCAAGCAUGGGAUCAAGAGUGAACGGAACGGUGGUGGCGGGGGCUUGGUUUACAGCAUGAAGAAGCUAUUCGGUGGAGGUGGAGACAAUAAGACGGACCCCAGCCCAGCACGGGCAUUGAAGCCUCGAGUACUAUCUGACUUUAUCCUCCUGGCAAUUGGCCUCUUAGCAGCAGCCAUCAACGGUGCCGCCUUCCCCGCCUUCUCGUUGUUCAUUGGUGACUUCAUGGACGAGGUCGGGUCGAGGUCAGCGACUGGUGAUACCGCUGGUAUACUGAGCGAGGUGCAAACAGUAUCGCUUCAACUCGUCGUAGUUGCAGCCGUUGCAUUUUCGAGCUCCUUCGUGUGGGACGCAAUAUUCACCUACUCCUCAACUACCAUUUCUACACGUAUUCGCAUCGAAUAUUUUCGAGCGGUGUUGAAUCAGGACAUCUCCUGGUUCGACCAGGAGACCCCAGCUGCCUUGCCAUCGAGGAUGAACGAAGACGUUUUCAAAGUAGGCGAGGCUAUUGGUUAUCGCGUCGGCCUUACCGUUGCCAAUUUCUCCCAAUUCGUCUGCGGUUAUAGCGUCGGGCUCUACAGAGGCUGGCAACUAGCACUAGUGAUGAUGUCGACGAUGCCCUUGCUCGCAGCAUCUAUUGCUGUACUAUCCAGGAGGAUUGCCAAGAAGACAGCGAGGGCCCAGGACUUCUACGCCGAGGCUGGUGCCGUCGCGGAAGAGGUACUGUCGUCCAUCAAAACCGUGGUCGCUUUCGGUGCCGAAAAACGCGAAAGUGAGCGGUAUGAUCAUAAACUGAUCGCGGCACGAGAUGGAGAGAUUAAGGCCGGCUUCCAGGGUGGAGUGAUGACCGGCAUUGUUUUCCUCUCCAUCUUCCUCACUUACGCGUUGGUCUUCUGGUAUGGCGGGGUCCUCAUCUACGAUGGUACUAUUAACCCCUCCUCUGGGGAACCCUAUAAUGGUGGUGAUGUCAUCACCGUCUACUUCGCGUGCAUUAUGGCGACAUUCGCCUUGGGGCAAAUCGCCCCGAAUAUAUCCUUUUUUGUAGAAGGCAAAACGGCCGGGGCUAAAAUAUUCCCUCUGUUUGAGGUACAAGAAUCCCCAGACCGUAUCGAGCCCCCUCUGUCUGAGGGUCCGAGGAAGAAUGCUACGCCGUUGACCAUGAGCACUAUUGCCUUCCGCAACGUCUCGUUCCACUAUCCUGCCAAGCCGGAGGUGAAGGUGUUGUCCGACGUCUCCUUUACGAUUAAGGCUGGUGAGAAAGUAGCAUUUGUUGGUGAAUCUGGUUCUGGCAAGUCUACCUCGGUACAGCUCCUGGAGCGUUUCUAUGACCCUACUGCGGGUGAGGUCCUCAUCAAUGGCGACAACGUUCGUGGGAUGCACGUUUACGAUCUUCGCGCUAUCUACGGCUACGUCGGCCAGGAACCCUUCCUCUUCGCCACCUCCAUUAGGAACAACCUCACAUAUGGCAUCCCUAGCUCUCGAGCUCCGGACCAGAAGGCUUUGGUCGACGCGUGUCGUAAGGCCCAGGUCCUUGACUUCAUUCAGUCCUUACCGAAUGGCUUCGAUACGUAUUGUGGUGCUGGGGGAGGGCAGAUCUCUGGAGGGCAGAAGCAGAGGAUCGCCAUAGCCCGGGCAUUGCUGAGGCAACCUCAAGUUCUACUGCUAGAUGAGGCUACAUCGGCCUUGGACAACGAAAGUGAGAAGAUGGUACAGAAGACCAUUGACCAUUUACAGGAGCAUUUCAAUAUCACCACCAUUUCCAUAGCGCAUAGGCUGUCGACUAUAAGGAAUUCUGAUAGAAUAAUUGUGAUGAAGGGGGGCCAGAUAGUGGAGACCGGUACUCACAGUGUGCUCAUGCAAAACGAAGGGGAAUACCGCGCCCUGGUAGCCCAGGAGGCUGCCCUAAGUCAGGAGGCUUCGCAGCAGGACCUUCGACCCGGCCAGGAUAGUGGGCUACCACAGCCGACGCGCAACUCGUCUGUGGCCACGUCUGAGGUCUUUCUUGAUACUGCUGACAUGAAGCUGGAUCUGGGAGAGGACGAGGCGGCAAUAGAGAAAGCCAGAAAGAAACAGGUGCGUGCCCUUCCUCCACGCGCCUGGACGCCCUACCGUCGCCUACUCCAAUUCAGUCGUGAUGAGCGGUAUUACUACAUCCCUGCAUGCAUCGGAGCGGCUGGGAAGGGGCUGAGCAUGCCCUUGCAUGCUCUUAUCGUAUCUGGCGUUAUUGAUGCAUUCUAUCUGCCGGACCGGGAGGAGAUGAAGGACGCUGUGGAGGAGACUGCUCUCAAAUACGUUGGUCUGGCCGUUGGGGUCCUCGUCAGCUGCUCUAUAAUGCAAUACUUCUUCGCUCACAUUGGCGAGCACUUUACCUUCAAAGUGAGGAAGCUGUGCUUCGCUAAGCUCCUCGAGCAGGACGUGGGCUAUUUCGAUGACCCUGCCCAUGCCCCAGGGAAGCUCACAGCAGCUCUGUCGACCCACGCUUUGAAGAUGAAGGCUCUAACAGGGCAAGGCCUGGGACUCUAUGUUGAAGCACUGUCUGGUUUCAUUGGAGGAGUCCUCAUCUCCCUCACUGGUGUAUGGCAGCUGGGGUUGGUCAUGACCUGUAUACUGCCGUUGCUGAUCCUCUCCUGGAAGAUCCGAUCGGCGCUGUGGUGGACUGGGUCGGAGCUAGAUGAUGAGCUCUUGAAGCAGGCUUCCCAGACGGCCUCAGAGGCCGUUCAGAAUAUGAGGACAGUGAGGGCCUUCGUCGCUGAGGCAUGGACUGUCGAGUUCUACACUGGCUACAUCAACCGGACUGCCUCUGGGGCAUCCCGCGGAGCCCUUCUCACUGGCCUGGCCUACGGUACAUCGACUUGUAUGAUGUUCUUAGCCUAUGCCGCCGGGUUCUAUUAUGGUGGUUAUCUAAUAGAAGAACAGGGGGUUGGGUUCCGAGAGAUGCUGCAGUCGCUGAUGGCUGUUAUGUUGGGCUCUAUCGGUGUGGGCAAUGCCCUCGCCUUCCUGCCAGACCUGGAUGACGCUAAGGUAGCUGCCCAUGAUGUGCUGCAGAUCCUGGACACAGAAAGCAAGAUCAAUGCCGUCCAUCCUGACGGCACUGUGGAAGAGCUCGGUGAUGGCUCUAUAGAGUUCAAGUCUGUCCACUUCCAGUACCCCACACGUCCUGAUGUCGCUAUUCUCAAGGGGCUCUCAUUUAAGGUCGAAGCCGGCCAGCAGGUGGCUUUAGUUGGCCCCUCAGGCGGCGGCAAGUCGACGGUUAUUGCCCUCCUGCAGCGGUUCUAUGACCCCUCCGGAGGGAGCAUCGCUGUAGGAGGUACGGACCAUCGCAUGCUCAACGUAGCGUGGUGGCGGAGGCAUUGUGGGUUGGUCAGUCAAGAACCCGUCCUUUUCGAUAUGACUCUGGCCGAGAACCUUAGGUAUGGGAAAGCCGAGGCCACCGAUGACGAUCUCAUCCGGGUAGCGAAGAUGUCCAAAAUGGAUUUCGCCGCUGCCUUUGGGGGCCCGUUUGGUUGGGAUGAUGGUCUUGGCCCUCGGGGGUCGAGGCUAUCAGGCGGGCAGAAGCAGAGGACAGCGAUAGGAAGGGCCUUGGUCCGAGAUCCGGCGGUGAUGUUCCUCGACGAGGCCACCUCAGCCCUCGACUCGGCUAGUGAGAGGGUAGUACAGGAUGCCUUGGAGACAGCAGCCGUUGGGAGGACUACCUUCACUAUAGCUCAUAGGCUCUCCACCAUCAAACGCAGUGACAUCAUCCUUGUUAUCUCCGAUGGGCGGCUCGUUGAACAAGGACCACAUGAUACUCUCAUCUCCCAAAGAGGCGUAUCAGGAGGGCUGGGCGGUUCGUCUUCGAUGAGAUCCUACCAUUGCAAGGUGGCUCGAAUGCAACAGUCCUUUAUCCAACGUAGGAGGCAUCUGUAUGACCAAAUGAAGGAACACUUGGAGGGGGAAGUGGAGCCGGUGUCCUAUACGAAGCAGCAGCUCGGAUGGGAAAAGGCCAGCAGACCCCCACAGGCCGUCCGGGAGUAUCUUGCAAAGAGACGAAUUGGCGCUCCGAUCACACAGGAGGACCGCCAGUUCAUGUGGUUUCAAAACGGCAAGCGAAACUUCGCUCCAAUGUUCCUGGACCAGAUGAAGCCCUGGAUGAAGCUGCACAAGAACGUAUGGAAGCGGGAGCAGAUCCCUCCGCCGGUCCUCCCAGAAGUGGCUGUAGUAGGGCGAUCCAAUUGCGGUAAGUCGACUCUGGUGAACACCCUCGCUGGGAGACAAAACUCGAAGACUUCCAAGAUACCAGGAAGUACUGAGUCACUCUUAUUUUGGAAGAUGGGGAAGCCUCCAGUGUUAAUGCUGGUGGACCUGCCUGGCUACGGCUUCGCUUAUCAAGGAGAGGAGAAGCGGACAGAGUGGACUGAGCUGUCCUUGUUCUACCUCUCCCACCGGAGCAACCUCAAGCGUGUACUCGUCUUGGUCGAUGCCCGUCGGGGCCUCAUGCAGUCGGAUCGGGAAAUGAUAUCCUUUCUGGAGCGGUAUGGUGUUAAAUGGCAGGUUAUUGUCACCAAGUGCGAUUUAUUGAAGCCUCGCUUUCUCGCUAAGCGGCUAGUGAUAAUGCAGCAGAUCUUGGAUACAGAAUUCAAGGGCUCGGUCGGGCCCAUGAUACCUCUGAGUGCUCUGGCCAAGCAAGGUGUGGAUGAACUCAGAAUUGUCCUUAACAGCAUGAAGCUGGAUAGACGGACUGUUGUUAAUGGUAUCGAGGAGAGGCUACUGGACAUGCGGGAGGCUAAGAGGGUCAAAAGGGUAGAGAAACGACACAAGCGGUUGACGGCUAGAAGGGAGCGACUGGCCCUGACACGUGCCGCUGAUAUGGUGCGGGCUGCUGCUGCUGUUGUUACCGAUACAGAGCAAGAGAAGGAGCUCAAUAGGAAUGCUGCUAGUGAUGCUUUGAAGAAGUGGGGAGUAGCUUUUGAAGAGCAGCAACAACAGCAUGAGGCGGCUCCGACACCUCGGAGUGGACCGGAGUCUACUGCCCGUCGAGAGGCCACUGAUCUGAUGCAUGAUAUGAUGGGCAUGCUUAGUGAGGACGAGGGGGAAGAGGAGGCUGCCAAUGAAGCUCUUCCUGUAUCGGAGGCCGCUGUAGCGGAGGACCUCUCCUCGACUACGGAGGCGCUACUGUGUUGGGAAGACGACAGAGAGGAGGUGGACGACGAGGAAGAGGAGGAUGUCCCCCGACAGGCAGUUGUGGACGGCCCUCAAGUUGAGGCCCAGAGCCCCCGUCUGCCGGCCCUUGGUCCAGUGGUGGCCACAGCUCAUCAUUGGAAUGUUGGAAAGGGUGAGGAUCGCCUCACGUCAGGCAGUGGGACUGACCCUGUGGGAGCUGAUUGGCUUCGGUCCUUGAGCUCCUCGAGGGAGGCUGGGGCUGCUGCAGUUGUGAUGGACUUCAACGUUAAAGCUAAGGGCACCACAACGCAGUCCACGAAUUCGGCGUUUACCGUGCCAGAGGAAGAGGAGCGGCUUAGCGACGAUGGCUUCAGCAAAUUUCCUAGUCGCUACCUGACAAGAGAGGAGUCUGAGGCGCCGCCUGCCAGUGCUCCAAUGGCCGGCAUAAAGCAGUAUCGAGGGAAGGAUACUCUCCCUGAGGGCUCAAGCUACCAAGAGCAGCUCAAGAAGGGCUUUGCUAAGAGGUGGCGAACAGAGAUGGAUGAUAUCUUGGACGAGGAGGUUUGGUCCACUCCCACACAGGAGGACGUGGUGGAUGAUACUCCUAGUAAGACUAGGCGGCCGAAAGAGGGGCCUGGACGUAGGAAGAAGGAGUGGUAUGAGCCUCGCACUGCCACCGGCUAUAUCGACGUUAAGAACCCCAAGGUCAUCCCUAAGGGCACUUGGAAGUGGACCUAUCUAGGCAGACCGGAUACCGUAAGACCGUUGAAGCCCAAGAGGAGGUUUGACAUGGCUGACCUUGUUAAUGCUUCCGAUAUUCACCCGAGAAACUGGAGGAAGAAGGCAUCUGAUGAGACGUGGCGAGAGGCUAAGAGACACUGGGUCGAGUGGGCCAGGCGCAGGAAGCUUGUUGGGAAGGCGUAUCAGAUACCUAAGGAAGCGAUGACUAGGGAAGAGGUUGAUGCCCGAUCUCAGGUAGAGCAAGCUCAGGGUCUGAUAAGAGAAAGGAAGAAGGUUGUGCACGACGCCGUUACCGAUCUGAAACAGCAACUCAAACGGAAACGUGAGAGGGUUAGGACUACCGGGCGAUUCGGUCGAUGGGACAACAUGUUCACCUAUCAAUACAAGAUGGCCAAACUACGGGAGCGCGAGGCUGAUGCUGGCAAGCGCUCAGGCGAGUCGAGGAAUCCAUCACACACAUGACUGUCACAACU